GCCGACCCACAGCGUCCGGUCACGUCCACGUGUAAGAUUGUGUCGCUCGUACGCCGAUAAAUCUGAUAAAUCGAUCUUCUAGAGAGUCGAAAGGAAUUCUGAGCUUUGCGUGUUUUGAAUAGGAAUAUUGCUCCAAGUAUCUUUUGUUUGGAGGAAAUACCAGAAUAUACAUCGGACUGUCUAUAUCGAUCAAUAAACAUAAUUAAGGACAAUAUCAUCUUCAGUCUUUGGAAAGCAAACAUCUUGCAUCACCAGGCAAUGCCCUUCUUCUUCUUGACCUGGCCUCCCUUCUUCGCCGUCCGCUUGCCUUUCAGCUUCUUGGCCUGUCGCUGGUUCAUCCAUACGGGAUACUGUCCAUGUUCAUUCAGGAGCGUCUUCUUGUUCCGCUUGCUGUCCAAGUCCAUUUUCCCCUCUGCAAAAGGAAAAAUUAAAAAUCAUUUCCGGUUUCCAAAGCAAGAGAAGAUUAGCCUCACUCACCAUCAUCAUCACCACCGCCGCCGCCACCUUCUGUCACGUCAACGUCUGCAUCCUUCCUGAUCUUUUCAGCCGGCACCACAAUGGCGAUCUCCUGCAUGUCGCUCAUUAUGGCGUCGGCUUUUUUGUCCUGGCUCAGGGCUUGUUUGAGCCGGGCUAGCUCCUUGGGAGCAUUCUUCUUCCUCUUCUCUGCUCGCAUCUUUCGCUUCCAUUUGCUCCGCAAGCUUUUGGCCAUUUUUGGUGAUGUCCUGUUAAGGCAGAAUAUCACAAUUAUCAUUAUUAUUAUAACAUAUAUUUACAUAACAAGCAUCGCGGAAUAUGAGUUAUUUUGCUAACUUCCACUUAGCUUAGCUACAACCAGCUAGUUCGUUAGCGAUCUGGUAGCGAAGCUACUUUCUAACGCGUAUUACGUGUAUUAAAAGUUACAUAUAUCAUGUGAUUUACACAACAAACAAAACACAUAAAUGUAAAGUAUCUUACAAGGAACGCUUUUGCUGCUGUAAUCGCUCCGUGGGUAGAAAGGAUAGACACGUGUUUACAGUGCAAGAACAGUCAUGUCCCUCACUGAAGAAGCUGCGAUCUGAUUGGCUAGCCGUAGCACGUCUAAAAGCUACAAUCUCUGAUUGGAUGUUUUUCACCCGGAUAUUACGACCUCUGAUUGGCUAGCCGUUGCACGUCUAAAAGCUACAAUCUCUGAUUGGAUGUUUUUCACCCGGAUAUUACGACCUCUGAUUGGCUAGCCAUUGCACGUCUAAAAGUUACAAUCUCUGAUUGGAUGUUUUUCGCCCGGAUAUUACGACAUCUGAUUGGCUAGCCGUUGCACGUCUAAAAGCUACAAUCUCUGAUUGGAUGUUUUUCACCCGUAUAUUACGAUCUCUGAUUGGCUAGCCGUUACAACCCGGAAGUGUUGGAAAUCAACAUGGAACCGAGUGUCAAUACGCACAAAUAAAACAACGAGGCGUGUAAGGUUGGGUAUUUAGCAACUUUUAACAAGUCAACAAUGGUGUUACGAAACGAAAACUAAAACCCAAUUCCAGCAGUGAGAGUUCUUAUGAAGAGUUAUCAUAAUAUACAGAGUCAUGAGUAGCCCUUGUGCAAGUGGCAAUUUUACGCCUGCCUUCAAUCCACCGCUCUCUCCUCGUCUAACAAAAAUGUUAAACAUGUUGGAGAAUGCCACAGAACAGCUAAUGCUACUUAAAGACUUCCAGGCGGCCUUUCAAACAUGCGACAGAGGCCUGGGGAGUGUCGCAGAGGCCGUGGGAGAAGAAGAAGAAGAAGAAGAAGAAGAAGGGGACGUCAGCAGAGCCGAGUUAAAGGCAGGCUUUUGCAUCGUGGGGAUCCAAGCUCUUGCCGAGUUAAAUCAAUGGCGUGGUGUCCUCUCCUGGCUCCUUCAACAUUAUAAACAUGAGGAGAAAAUUCCUUCCAAAAUCAUGCAAAUGUGCAUCCUUCUUUACUCCCAGGUGGGGGAGCCAACUCCGAUAAAGGAGGCCACACAAGCAUGGCUGCACAGUCCGGCCAACCGAUGCGUCUCCGGCUUUGGCACUGUAGCCGAGCUAUACCUCCUGCACGUCCUCCUGCCCCUUGGAUACACUAACCAGGCUAGAGAUUUUGUCGGCGGUGAGGUGGGAAGCGUCACGUUCACGAACGAGCAAAAGCAGACCGCGCUGGCCGUCAUAGAAGAAGACGAGCGUCAGAAACGCGACGCCGCUGUCGCUGCAGAUUGUAGCGGUCGUGAAGCGUUCACGACGGAAGGUUCCCUUCUCCAUAAGAUGGAAGCUUUGUUGAGGCUUUCCUUCAGGAGAUUGAUGUCUGGAUCCGUCUCAUUCCAGAAGCUCUUCUUGGCUGCUCUUCUUGUCUACAUGCUGUUUUUACGCUUGGAUCCAGCGCUUCCGUCAUCCUUCAUGUGGAUUUCCAAGCUCCAUCAGCUGAUCGGAGAACUGUGGAAAAUGGCGUCGGGCCCGUUUUACCAUCAGAGAUCUGUGACGGACUGACGCACACACACUCAUGAAUCAUCAGAAAUGAAGAAUCCUAAUGCAAUAUAUUUAAUUUCAUCAUUUUAUUUGGGUAUUUUUCCUUCUUUUAUUAAAAUUCCGAGCUAAUUUUCCUUCUUAAAAGGCAACUUUUGUUUUCUUUUAAAAACAACAACACAUGAUUCCAAUUUGAGACAGUCGGCCUGGAAUUGUCGUCGUAGAUUCAUUCAUUCAUUUUCUACCGCUUUUCCUCACGAGGGUCGCGGGGGGUGCUGGAGCCUAUCCCAGCUGUCUUUGGGCGAGAGGCGGGGUACACCCUGGACUGGUGGCCAGCCAAUCACAGGGCACAUAUAGACAAACAACCAUUCACACUCACAUUCAUACCUAUGGACAAUUUGGAGUGGCUAAUUAACCUAGCAUGUUUUUGGAAUGUGGGAGGAAACCGGAGUACCCGGAGAAAAAACCCACGCAUGCACGGGGAGAACAUGCAAACUCCACACAGAGAUGUGCCGAGUGUGGGAAUUGAACCCUGGUCUCCUAGCUGUGAGGUCUGCGCGCUAACCACUCGACCGCCGUGCCGCCCAAGACGACGGUGUACGGAAGCGGAGACCACGCUACAGAAGCGGGAGGGCGGGCCUCUCCAGGAAAGGUACUGAAGUACAAGGUGAUUUGAUGCAGUAAAAGUCUAAUCAGCCACCAGAAGCUCCAAGCUCCAUGUCGCCAAAGACCUCCAU